AUGCUCUUAAACAUGGUCUAUAUCUGCAUGAUAUACACCCAGAUUCUUUCGUUGAAAGUGGAUGCUGCGUGUGCAGCACACUCGCAAAGCAAAGGGUGGUUACUCGACUUGAGAGACAGAAAGAAUCUGAUCCAAUACAAGAGCCUGUCGGGUCCUCUCUUGACUUUGAUGCGCGAUGUCCUCGGAGCAUGGGAAAAGUCACGAGAAUUUGAGCCAAAAACCGUCUAG